CCACUCCUUGGUGACCCAGGAAUAGCGUCUUCCUCCACGAGACGCCGCUUUUAUGUUCUAGAAAGUAUUUGUCGUCACGCGCAUGUCAGGUAAUAGCACGAAUUUCGGAAUCGGUUAUUAGAACGUCCAUUUGACAACCUGUAGUCAUGGCUUCGACGUGGAUAUACAUCACGCUGACGAUGUUGCUGUGUGUGGAGUCGGGAGAAUCAAGGACGUUUCGAGCUGCAGUUCUUGAACAUGCACUGCACCUUCCCAACAUAACUUUAGCCGUAUCCAGGCAACAAGCACUGGCGAAUGUCGAGCCUAAUCUGGCCGAAUUCGAACGCCAAGCUGCAAUCGCUCGUUCAAAGAGUGUUGAUAUUCUGGUCACACCCGAAGAUGGAAUAUACGGCAUGCGGGUUUCAAGAAGAACAAUAACACCGCAUAUGGAAACAAUCCCAGACCCAAGGAACGUGACAUGGAACCCGUGUACCGCCCCCGCAGACAUACCCAACGUCGACGUCCAACGACGUCUGAGCUGCAUGGCCCGUAACAACUCGCUCUACCUGGUAGCCAACUACGGCGAUAUACAACCCUGCUCUGUAAAAAACGACCCCAACUGCCCUCCCGAUGGCCACUACCAAUACAACACGGACAUUGUGUUCGACCCGAACGGUACACUCAUCGCGAGGUACCGCAAACACCAUCUCUUCUUUGAAUCCCAGUUUGACAAACCAACUGAAGCAGAGAACGUCGUGUUUGAGACGCCGUUUGGCAGAUUUGGCGUCUUCACCUGCUUUGACAUUUUGUUUGAGAAGCCAGCAAUAUCUCUCAUUGAAGACCUCAGUGUGGGCAACAUCGUGUUCCCUACAGCGUGGAUCGACACCCUUCCCCUCCUGGCCGCGAUUCAAUUCCACUCAGGAUUCGCCAUGGGGAUGGGCGUGAACUUCUUGGCCGCAAACAUCCAUCGGCCCGGGCACAGGUUUCACGGCAGUGGUAUUUACACGCCAGAUGGCGCUGCGGUAUACUACUACAAUGACACCCUCGGGACUGGAGGCGGGAAACUCCUUAUUGCAGACAUCGAGGUUAACGAUAAACCUUCACGUCCUCCUGUUGAGGACCAACCCAAACCAGACUCGAAGAUGCUCAGCGCGGUUCAGUUUGAGUUUCAGUCCUACCUUUUCAAUGAUCUGUUUAACUUUGUAUCCCUCCGAGAUCCUCACGCUGACGAAAUCAAGGUCUGCCACAACGCUCUCUGUUGUCACGCUACGUACACGGCCAACCUUAAUGAAGGUGACAUGUAUGCUCUCGGCGCAUUUGAUGGUCUUCACACGCACUGGCACGAGAAGAAAUAUUACCUUCAAAUAUGUACAAUGCUUAAAUGUGCCAAUUCAUCCCAUUCAAGUUGUGGUACACCAACACUUGAUGCCAGCUCCAUCUUCUCCAACAUUGACAUCCGUGGCACAUUCAACACUACCUACAUCUUCCCGGAAGUGCUGAUGUCAGACAACGGAAGUCUCGCUUUAGCGCAGACGCAGUUGAGUUUCAAGAACGGAAGUCUCGUCACAAAGAAUCCCCUGGAUCUUCCGUUGUUGUCUGCGACUCUGUUUGGACGGAAGUACAGCUUGGACAAAGGUUUCGACGACGACAAGGCGUCUGGUUGAUGCGGUCGCGACAGCAUUCUACUUACUAUCCACCUGUCCCUGGUCUUAACACUGUUUCUCAAAUGAAGAUGACACGUGACACCUGAUUGAGGCUUCGACUCAAGAAUCUUAUCCAAAAAGUGUAUCUAGAGUAAUAACUAAUAACUGGAUUACAAUUUCAAUAUAUAAACUGUUAAUACAAAAUUGAUAUAAUCCCUGUUAAUAAGUGGAAUACUUCUAUUUGUAAUAUGUCUGCUGCGUGUCAAAAUAUUAUUUCAUGUACUCAAUCUAUGUUGCUUUCAAAUUAAAACCAGUUUCUCUGAUGCGGGUGCGUGUA